AUGGAGAUUGAAGUUUCAAUGCAGCAAGUGCAUACCUCAGUUCAGUUCAGACCGGAGCAACAUCAACUGUACCUCGCCAAUGCCUUCCAUAGAGAAAACAACAAAGCAGCGGACAUUACCAAAGGCGUCCUCAGAGCCGCAAUGAAGAUUGACCACAACAAAACACUCUUCGACACCACACUCUAUGUCACUUAUUCCGACUUCCGAUCACCAAUCCGAAGACGCCGUGCCACAAAGUCAUCGGGUCUAAUCCUAAACGAGAACUGGGGCCCCAUCCCUGAAUCCAAACGAGACACCCGUGCCGCAAUUCAAGCAACAGCAGAUGCCUACCUCGAUCUGUGGUCCCAAAAAGCCACCAAGCCCGUCGGUGCCUGGUCCAUGCCGUGCGAGCGGAUGGAAGGCCCUUCUUACACGGGCAAAGGCAUCAAUACUGAUUCGUGUAAUUCUGGGAUUCCUAGUGGGAAUCAACCUGAGAAUACAGAUCGACGACGAUGGAGAAUGCCCUGGACUUACAUGAGAUAA